AUGAAAUUAUUAUUUAGUUUGUUAGAGGUUCUUAUAGUAAUACUUCCUAUAUUACUAGCCGUAGCGUAUGUAACUGUAGCCGAGCGUAAAGCUAUGGGUAGUAUGCAAAGACGAUUAGGUCCAAAUAAAGUAGGAUAUCUAGGAACAUUACAAGCGUUUGCUGAUGCUUUAAAAUUAAUUGUGAAGGAAACAAUUAUACCAGCGCAUGCUAAUUCAGUAUUGUUCUUUUUAGGUCCAAUAAUCACACUAAUAUUUGCUUUACUAGGUUGGGGAGUAAUUCCAUUUGGUCCUGGAUUAGCUAUUUCUGACUAUAAUCUUGGAUUAUUAUAUUCAAUAGCCAUAUCAUCUUUAGGUGUUUAUGGACUUUUAAUAGCAGGAUGGGCUGCAAAUUCAAAAUAUGCAUUUGUAGGUUCUUUAAGAAGUGCAGCACAAUUAGUAAGUUAUGAGUUAGUAUUAAGUUCAGCUAUGUUAAUUGUAUUAUUUAUAACAGGUUCACUAAAUAUAACUACAAUAAUAGAGUAUCAGCAAGCAGUUUGGUUUAUCGUACCAUUAUUCCCUGUAUUUAUUAUAUUUUUUAUAGGGGCUUUAGCUGAAACAAAUAGAGCACCAUUUGAUUUACCUGAGGCUGAAUCAGAACUAGUUGCAGGAUUUAUGACAGAACAUUCGGCUGUUAUUUUUGUUUUUUUCUUUUUAGCAGAAUAUUCUAAUAUUAUUUUAAUCUCAACUUUAACUGCCAUUCUCUUUUUAGGUGGGUAUUUAUUACCAUCAAUACCACAGCAAAUAUACUUAUUAUCAUCUACUACACAAGUUUCUUUAACUAAUAUCAUUGGAAUUACUUCUAUGCCUUUAGUUAAUGGAGCUAUAAAUGGUUUAGUAUUAGGUUUAAAAGCCACUGCUGUAGUCUUUUUAUUUAUCUGGGUUAGAGCUAGUUUUCCUAGAAUUAGAUACGAUCAAUUACUACAAGUUUGCUGGAUGGUAUUACUUCCUCUUGUUUUUGCUAUUAUUAUACUAGUUCCUUGUAUAAUCUAUUCUUUUGACUUAUUACCAUUUAAUACUCUUUAA